AAUCAUGGGAAAACAGAACAGCAAACUGACCCCUGAGGUAAUGGAGGACCUUGUGAAGAACACGGAGUUUAAUGAACAUGAGCUCAAGCAAUGGUACAAGGGCUUCCUGAAAGACUGUCCCAGCGGUCGACUAAACCUGGAUGAGUUCCAGCAGCUCUAUGUUAAGGCUAUUUAUAAAAUGGUGGGCACGGUGAUAAUGAUGAAGAUGAACGAGGACGGUCUGACACCACAGCAGAGAGUGGAUCGGAUCUUCAGCAAGAUGGAUAAAAACAACGACGACCAGAUCUCACUAGACGAGUUCAAAGAAGCCGCCAAGAGCGACCCGUCCAUCGUACUGCUCUUGCAGUGCGACAUGCAGAAGUGAGGCAUGCUCCGGACUGAACGAGUUAUCUGUUUCCACUCUCAUUUCCACAAGAGUAACAUGUUUGGACUACUUUUAAACGAACUUUCUUCUUGUGAUCGAACAACUAGUAUGCAUGAGAACGUUAACUGCUAAAGAGUUUAGAGUAUAUCCGUUUAAUUUCCAACAUGCAACAAUGUGAGAUGUGUAAAUCAAACGAGUCCAGUUGUUUUCACGCAUCCAUCGUCAGUGAAGUGCUCCGCCGUAUUUCAUUUCUAGCCGCAAUACUUCCGAUCACACGCACUACGUUGACUGCCGUACUUCACGCAGUCGUUUGGGAACCGAAGCGCGUCACACUAAAUGUUACGAUGAAAUCAGUCUGUCGAACUUCAAUACUCGAAAUUUAGGAGGGCGGAGAGGUUUGUGCAGCCCUCCUUCCAAACGUGCUUGUACUUGAGAAUAUAAAUGUACGUUAUUUGCAUGCAUGUCCUAAGUGUAAAAAGCUACUCUCUCUUCAUUUCGGCAACCUUGACGAAUAAUACAAGGGAGGCCUUAUAUAAAUGCUAGUAUCAAUAACAAUGCUAAUAUGUGAGAUUUACAUUCGUUCCUCAUCUAUCCAUUAGAUGUCCUCCCUCGGGUGCAUGCUUCCUCUUAAAGACGUACCAUGUGUGUGGUAAAAGCUCUCUGUAAGGCACACGUUCCAGCCCCGCCUCUGUCAUGAUUUGCAUCUGCUGAUUUCACCCUAUUUUGCACUGACACGAGGACCUAAUAACCAGUAUAACCAGUCUAAAACCGACCUUUCUUUUUCUUAACGUUAAAAAGACCACCGCUGACAUCAUUCUUAUUGCGUUAGGCUCUUGUUUUACUUUGCGCACAUGCAUGAAUGGUUGCCUGUGAAUUCGUUUUAGUAAUACAGAAAGGGCAAUAUAACAUUUUAAGCAAAUUUUCCCUGGAGGGCAUUUGGUAAAGGAUCCGCUUCCCCUGGUUUUACGACAAAACCUUAUCCUAAAUGGGUUUGGUACACGUUUACUCUUAGUGUGCAGCAUUUUUAUUCAACCGUUUUUUGUAAAACAGUAUUUCUACUCCAGUACCCAUGGUUUUUAGCUGCAUCCCUCAGAAGCAACUUUUCAAUUACCCUCGUUAUGUUAUUCUCUACAUUUUUUAUCCUUCCUCCAUAUGUUAUGUUCUCCUGAGACUUUAAAAAUAUGGCAUUCCAGAUCUCCUACUUUCACAUCUUGUGACAUUCAGGAUGGUGUCAGUCCCUUUUGUGGAGAACAAGGCACAUCUUUGUAAAAUGCAACUGCCCGAUAAAUAGUGUAUAUGUUUGCCCUGUAAAUAUUUGUACCUACUACGGUAAAGCCAAAUUGAAGCAGUCCUUUAAUUGUGUAAUAAGAGGUUUGUGUUUUAUUUGUGGCAUGUCUUCAACUCGGUAUGUAAUGGUUGCACUGACGACAUUGUGAUUAAAAUCAAUAAACUAUCUAUGGGUUGUUUUCA